AUGGCGGAAGUGGACCUAGCCUCCGAGUUCCCUCAGCCGGCUGGUGCUUCGCGCUGGGCCGAGGUUAUGGUUCGCUUCGCGGCCAGGCUAGGCGCACAGGGCCGGCGGGUGGUGUUGGUCACUUCAGGUGGCACAAAGGUCCCACUGGAAGCACGACCAGUGCGUUUCCUAGACAACUUCAGCAGUGGGCGGCGCGGUGCAACCUCGGCCGAGGCCUUCCUGGCUGCGGGAUACGGGGUUCUGUUCUUAUAUCGCGCUCGCUCCGCUUUCCCCUUUGCACACCGCUUCCCGCCCCAGACCUGGCUGUCGGCCCUACGGCCCUCUGGCUCAGGCCGUUCAGGUCUGCUAUGCCUGGAGGCCGAGGAGAAGACGCUCCCGGGCUUCGCUGCAGCCUUGCGAAACUACCAGGAAGCUGCGGUUGCCGGCACUUUCCUCGCGGUAGAGUUCACUACUUUGGCGGACUAUUUGCAUCUGCUUCAGGCUGCGGCCCAGGCCCUCAAUCCGCUAGGCGCUUCUGCGAUGUUCUACCUGGCUGCGGCCGUGUCAGAUUUCUAUGUUCCUGUCUCUGAAAUGCCUGAACACAAGAUCCAGUCAUCUGGGGGCCCAUUGCAGAUAACAAUGAAGAUGGUGCCAAAAAUGCUAUCGCCUUUGGUUAAAGACUGGGCUCCCAAAGCAUUUAUAGUUUCCUUUAAGUUGGAGACUGACCCCUCCAUUGUAAUUGAUCGUGCACAUAAUGCUCUGGAAGUUUAUCGACAUCAAGUGGUGGUGGCCAAUAUUCUUGAAUCACGACGGUCCUUUGUGGUUAUUGUAACCAAAGACUCGGAAACCAAGCUAAUGCUUUCAGAGGAAGAAGUAGAGAAAGGUGUAGAAAUAGAAGAGAAGAUAGUAAGUAAUCUUCAGUCUCGACACACAGCUUUUAUAUGUGACAAAAACUGA